AUGAUCACUGUGCCAGCCAACAAGCCAAACUCUUAUUCCAACGUCACUUACGACAGAAAAGCUCUCAUCAUCAAUGGCCAUAGAAGAAUAUUAUUUUCAGGCUCAAUCCAUUAUCCCAGAAGUACCCCUGAUAUGUGGAAGGAUCUUAUUCAGAAGGCUAAAGAUGGAGGGUUAGAUUGUAUAGACACUUAUAUAUUUUGGAACGGCCAUGAAACCUCACCAGGAAAAUACAAUUUUGAGGGAAGAUAUGAUUUAGUGCGGUUUGUGAAGUUGGUCCAGCAAGCAGGGCUGUUCAUGAUUCUCCGCAUUGGGCCUUAUGUGUGCGCAGAAUGGAAUUUUGGAGGGUUCCCUGUUUGGUUGAAGUAUGUGCCGGGCAUUGCCUUCCGAACCGACAACGAACCUUUCAAGAUGGCAAUGCAAAAAUUUACGACGAAAAUCGUCCAAAUGAUGAAGGAUGAGAAGCUGUUCCAUUCUCAAGGUGGCCCAAUUAUUCUCUCCCAGAUUGAAAAUGAGUAUGGUUCAGAAAGCAAGUAUUAUGGUAGAGCUGGACGUGAUUAUACAAACUGGGCUGCUAAAAUGGCUGUCGGCUUAAAUACGGGCGUGCCGUGGGUUAUGUGUAAGCAGGAUGAUGCCCCAGAUCCAGUGUAUCAUGGAGGAACCAAUUUUGGAAGAACAGCUGGAGGACCUUUUAUUACGACCAGCUACGACUAUGAUGCUCCAAUUGAUGAAUAUGGGUUACUUAGACAACCCAAACAUAAGCAUCUAAAGGAGCUUCAUAGGGCAAUCAAGUUAUGCGGGAAUGCCUUAACUGAUGUUGAUCCAAAAAUUACUCCUCUAGGAAACUAUGUGCAGGCAAACGUGUUUAGCACAAACUCAGGCCAAUGUGCAGCAUUUUUAUCCAACUUCCACUGGGAUCAAAGUGCAACAGUUAAAUUCAACAACAUGCCUUAUCAUCUGCCUCCCUGGUCGAUCAGCAUACUACCAGAUUGCAAAAACGUUUCUUUUAAUACUGCCACUGUUAAAUCAAAAACAUCUCAAGCACAAAUGCUGCCCACGAAGGCACAAAACUUAUCUUGGGAAUCAUUCACCUCAGAAGGCGACAUGUUGCAUGCAUUUGUAAAUGGGCAACCAUCAGGAUCAGCUUUUGGGAGUAUAGACAACAGGAACUUCAGUUUCACAAAAUCCGUCAACUUGCACGCUGGAAAGAAUAGCAUUGCACUACUCAGUGUAGUUGUUGGAUUGUCGGGCUAUGGACAUCUUUUUGAAAAAUAUCGCUAUGGAGUAGCUGGGCCUGUAGUCUUGCAAGGGCUAGACCAUGGACAGAUGGACUUGUCCAGGAAAAAAUGGUCUUACAAGGUUGGGCUUAAAGGAGAAACAAUGAACUUAGCAUCCCCAACUGAUGCUUCAUCUUCUAUCGAUUGGUUAAAAGGGUCUUUAGCCGCACAAAACCGAGGGCCACUUACUUGGUACAAGGCAAAUUUCACCACACCAGCAGGAGAUACGCCAUUGGCAUUGGACCUCGGUAGCAUGGGAAAAGGUGAAGCGUGGGUGAAUGGUGAGAGCAUCGGCAGAUAUUGGACGAAUUAUGCAAAAGGCGAAUGCAAAAGAGAAAAAAGGCUAAGGUGGCUCAAGGGUUCGGUUACUCGGCUAAGUGCCGCGCUCGCGGGGCUUUGCUCGCCCUCGAUUCCUUCGGCGCUCGAGGCCACUUCUAAGGCCGAGAGGCUUCUUAAGGACCCUAAGGCAGUGGGUUAA